GAUGAGGAUGAGGAGGAUGAGGAUGAGGAUGGGUUAGAUUCCGGAGCUCAUCGCAACAAGCAGACAGGAGUAUCGGACGUCGACGGGAUAUCACUAAGACGUCCAUACGACAGGCAUCAUGAUUCCCGUGAUGGAAUUCCGGCAGUUCUCGGAGCAGCAGCCGGCCUUCCGGGUCCUGAAGCCGUGGUGGGACGUGUUCACCGACUACCUGUCCGUGGUCAUGCUCAUGAUCGGCGUGUUUGGGUGCACGCUACAGGUGAUGCAAGACAAGAUCAUCUGCCUCCCGCACAGAACACGGUCGUCUCCAGGGAACACGACGGAAGUAGAGGUGACGGCAUUGCACUUGCAUCCCAACAGGUCGGCAGAACCGAGAGAAAUGAGAGGCCUGAAGACAGACCUGGACCUCCAGCAGUACAGUUUCAUCAACCAGAUGUGUUAUGAGAAGGCUCUGCACUGGUACGCCAAGUACUUCCCUUAUUUGGUCCUGAUACACACUCUGGUUUUCAUGGUGUGCAGCAACUUCUGGUUCAAAUUCCCGGGUUCCAGCUCCAAAAUAGAGCACUUUAUCUCCAUGCUUGUCAAGUGCUUCGACUCUCCCUGGACCACCCGGGCUUUGUCUGAGGUUUCUGGAGAAAACCAAGAAGAGAAGGACCAUAAAAAGAGCGGGAGCGCCCGGUCCAACAUGGUGGCGUCCCCCGCAGACGUGUGUUUGGAGAAUACACAGUCGCUCAGGUCCAUCCCGGAAAAGAUUGUGGUGGACAAACCCUCGGCGAGUGUUCUUGAUAAAAAGGAGGGAGAACAAGCCAAAGCUCUUUUUGAGAAAGUGAAGAAGUUCCGCUUGCACGUGGAGGAGGGAGACAUUCUCUACAUCAUGUAUGUUCGCCAGACAGUCUUCAAGGUGUUUAAGUUCCUGCUGAUCAUCGCAUACAACAGCUCCCUGGUCAACAAAGUGAGGAACAGAGUGCGCUGCGAGGUGGAGAUACAGGACAUGACGGGCUACAAAGACUUUGAAUGCAACCACACCAUGGCUCACCUCUUCUCCAAGCUCUCCUACUGCUACCUGUGCUUGGUGGCCGUCUACGGAUUAACCAGUCUGUACACCUCCUACUGGCUCUUUUACCGCUCCCUCAAAGAAUACUCCUUCGAGUACGUGCGCCAGGAAACGGGCAUCAACGACAUCCCGGAUGUCAAAAACGACUUUGCUUUCAUGCUGCACAUGAUCGAUCAGUACGACCCACUGUACUCCAAAAGAUUUGCCGUUUUCCUCUCCGAGGUCAGCGAGAACAAGCUGAAGCAGCUCAAUCUGAACCACGAGUGGACGGCGGACAAGCUGCGUCAGAGACUGCAGGUCAACGCCAACAACCGACUCGAGCUGCAGCUCUUCAUGCUCCCCGGGCUGCCCGACACCGUCUUUGAGCUGACGGAGCUCCAGUCGCUCAAACUAGAGAUCAUCAACAACGUGACUAUCCCUGCCUCAGUCUCUCAGCUGGAAUACCUCCAGGAACUGUCUCUCUACCAGUGCUCAAUCAAGCUGCACACCACAGCGACCUCCUUCCUCAAAGAGAACCUCAAAGUACUCCGGGUCAAGUUUGAUGACAGCAGAGAAUUCCCCAGCUGGCUGUAUGGUCUGAGGAACUUAGAGGAGCUCUAUCUCACAGGAUCACUCUGCCCCGACGCCUCCAAGAAUAUCGUUCUAGAGUCACUGCGGGAGAUGAAGUGUUUGAAGAUGCUCUCGUUGAAGAGUAACUUCACCAAGAUACCCCAGUCCAUCGUGGACGUCUCCAGCCAUCUGCACCGGCUCUACCUGCACAACGACGGCACCAAGCUGGUGAUGCUCAACAAUCUGAAGAAGAUGAAUAACCUGACUGAGUUGGAGCUGGUGCGCUGUGACCUGGAGCGCAUUCCUCACGCCAUCUUCAGCCUGACCAGCCUGCAGGAGCUCGACCUGAAGGAGAACAACCUUCGUUCCAUCGAGGAGAUCAUCAGCUUCCAACAUCUCCGCAAACUCACCUGCCUUAAGCUUUGGUACAAUGGCGUGAUGUACAUUCCCGAGCACAUCAAGAAGCUCGGGAGUCUUGAGCGUCUCUACUUCAGCCACAACAAGAUUGAGAUCUUACCCUCACAUUUGUUCUUGUGCAACAAACUGCGCUACCUGGAUCUGUGCCACAACGACAUUAGGUUCAUCCCUCCAGAAAUCGGAGUCCUUCAGAGUCUACAGUACUUCUCAGUCGCCUUCAACAAAAUUGAGAAUCUACCCGACGAGCUCUUCUUCUGUAAGAAGCUUAAGACGCUCAAGCUGGGCAAGAACUCCCUGUCCAUACUCUCGCCAAAGAUUUCCUACCUCGCUCAGCUGACGCUCCUGGAGCUCAAAGGGAACCACUUUGAGGGUUUGCCCCCAGAGUUGGGCUUCUGUCGCGCCUUGAAACGCAGCGGCCUCAUCGCGGAAGACGUGCUGUUCGAAACACUGCCCUCUGACGUCAGGGACCAGAUGAAGGCGGAGUGAGAUGUUGGACUGCCACCACCAUGUCUGCUUUGUCGUGUUAAACUAUUUCAUUAGCACACAUUGGGCUCGCACUGUUUAUAGGGCUUUGAGUGGGCGUUCAUGCCGGUAGUCCUGUUCUAUUGUCCGGACUACAAAUUUUUUUUAAAGACACUUUAGGGUCACUUUGAUGUGGUCUGGUUUGCAAUCACACUUGUAUUUUUGUUAGCGGACCAAAUGAGGAUCUCAUUUAGUCAAAUGUAUGAAGUCGCACCACGUGUGACGUGUACGUUGACCGAAGAAAGUUGCGCACCCAUAAACAACAUCUGCCAGGUUACAAACGAUUGUAGAACUUUCCUUACUAUGGCCAUAAUUUGACGUGUUGACAUUUAACCCGCUGUGAUGUAGAGCAGUGUUUUUCAACCACUGUGCCGCGGCGUGAGAUAUUGUCUGGUGUGCCGUUGGAAAUUAUGCAACUUCACCUAAUUUAUCCCAAAAAUAUUUUUGGCAAGUCAAUAAUUAGAAUCUGCCAAUAACGUGCCGUUGCUUAGUGUCUGUGCUGUGUAAAACUCGGCAGGGUAACCACGUAAUACUCCAUGUCAGUAGGUGGCAGCAUUGCUUUGUAAAAGUCGGAAUGUGUCGGGUGAGACGAGGAUGGUUUGUUGUGAUCCCGAUAUGCAGACCAAGGCGGUAUAGCUCGGUUGGUAGAGUGGCCGUGCCAGCAACUUGAGGGUUGCAGGUUCAAUCCCCGCUUCUGCCAUCCUAGUCACUGCCGUAUGGUCCUUGGGCAAGACACUUUACCCACCUGCUCCCAGUGCCACCCACACUGGUUUCAAUGUAACUUAGAUAUUGGGUUUCACUAUGUAAAAGCGCUUUGAGUCACUAGAGAAAAGCGCUAUAUACAUAUAAUUCACUUCACUUCACAGUAGGAGGCAGGGUGCAGGUAAAAAGGGUAUGUAAUGCUUAAACCCAAAAUGAACGAAAGGAAAAGGCUAUGCAAAACAAAAGUCAAACUGAACUGGCUACAAAGUAAACAGAGACAGAAUGCUGGACGACAGCAAAAACUUACGGUGUCCACAAAGUACAUCCGUACGUGACAUGAAAAUCAACAAUGGCCACACAAAGAAGGAUAGCAACAACGUAAAUAGCCUUGCUUGCUAACACAAAGCAGGUGCGCGGAAUAGCGCUCAAAGGAAGACAUGAAGCCACUACAGGAAAACACCGGCAAAACAGGAAGGGCCACCAAAAUAAGCAAGACAAGAACUAAAGCACUACACACAGGAAGACACCAACACACUCAAAAUAAGACACGACGACUUGGUGGAGUUAAUUUUUUAAAGUUUUCUGCUGGUUUGUGUGCCUCCGGAUUUUUUUUAUGACAAAAAUGUGCCUUGCCUCAAAAAAGGUUGAAAAAAAACUGAUGUAGAGGACGUCAAAAUGCUUACCUGGCAAGGAGACAGCGUUUCUAACGACUUCAGCAAACUGUAAUGAUUAACACGACCCCUUGGUUCAAAAGAUCCAAGUAUGUUUAACUACUGGAUUUACGUUUCUGGACUUACAUCUAACGCAGAUAUUUUUAUGAUUUUCUCUUAGCUUUCUAAUGGGUUUUGCUUGCCAUCUUCUCUUCAUGCCUCGGUGCAGUCAAGGUUCACACUUGCCUCACUCCGAGUUAGCUAGAGUUAGCUCGUAGGCUGACUUAGGGUAGUUCACACUUGGUUCCAGGUAAAAACGGACUUGGGUGCCUUUUCUCCGCUAGUACAGUUUGUUUGAUCCGACGUGAACGCAGUCCAGCACCAAAAGGAACAGAUCAAACAGGGGGACCAAGACCGCCUGGAAGAUGGGUUUUGGUUGACCUUCCAGUGGGUUCAGGUCCUGAGUCAAUCCAGUGUGAAUGCAAACGCAUAACGGAUCGAAAUACCGGGUAUGUCACCAGAUGGGGGCGUAACCAAGCGUUGCACAGCAGAAGUGUAAAGAGUAAGUAUAUUUACUUGGAUCAACCGUUAGAAACGUCUCUUUGCAGCACCCGUAACCUUUUUGAUAUCUUCACUUCAUGCGAUUCAUGUUGUUUUCAGCGUGUGAGGUUGUCAAACAGAAUAUUCACCAACGCCAAGGUCGUGACUUCAAGCAUUUCAUCAACUGAGAGUGUUAUUUGUUGCGCUGACAAAAAUACAAGAGUGAACACAAACCAAUCUGAAUUACUAAAAGUAUUCCUGACCAGAAUACCAGACUUCAAGAGUCCCGAGACCCAUCUCCCAGUCAGUCUGGUUCCUUCUGUUUGGUUUGGUCCCGGGUUCGGUGAACUGCGUUCACACUUGAUCAAACCAAUUGUACUAGCAGCGUAAACAGACUAGAGUUUGUUUUAACUGGACCGAAACUUACUUUUAGCGUUCCGUAGUCGAGCUGCAUCCUACUGACAAGAAUGUCCGCUGAUGUCAUUCUGCUUUAUUUGAAAUGGCGACCGAGUGUAACCCGCUCGGUUCAGUGCCUGCUUUUCUGUCACGCCCAGGAAUCGAAGCUGGCUCGUCUCUCAUGCCGGACGACUUCGGUCCGGGUCCCGUGUGAAACAGAAAAGCAGGGACUGAACCGGGUAGGUUACAUUGGUUUUUAAUUUUUAAUUUCUGGUCCUGACCAGAAUACCAGACUCCAACAGUCCCGAAACCCAUCUCCCAGUCAGUCUGGUUCCUUCUGUUUGGUUUGGUCCCGGGUUCGGUGGACUGCGUUCACACUUGAUCAAACCAAUUGUACUAGCAGCGUAAACAGACUAGAGUUUGUUUUAACUGGACCGAAACUUACUUUUAGCGUUCCGUAGUCGAGCUGCAUCCUACUGACAAGAAUGUCCGCUGAUGUCAUUCUGCUUUAUUUGAAAUGGCGA